AUGACUGAGGUGAUGUAUGGAAAGGAUGGAGGCUCCAACUCCAACAAGUUUGACACUCUCCAAAAACGAGCUCAAUCAACGAUCAAGAAAGCCAAAGCCUUGGCUGAAUCACAGAAUCAGGUGAGCGGUGUACUACCAACCCUUGUCGAAUAUGUCUUCAAACAGGUACUCUCCAGCCUGAAAGUGCAGUUCACACAGUGCCUCUGUGAGGCAGACCAAUGUAUAGCCACCCUGGCUCAAAAGUGGAAAUAUCCAGUGCUGUCAGAUGACAGCGACUUUUAUAUCUUUGACAUCGAGGAAGGAUGUCUGCCCAUCUCUGGUUUUCAGUGGAAGGAACAGUCUGUGAGCGAUCAAAAACAUAUCUGCUGCCAGCUCUAUACCACAGAAAGCUUCUCCAAAGAAUUUAAGAUCAACAAACAGCUUCUCCCAGUCUUCGCUGUUAUGGCAGGAAACGACAAUGUCAACUUACAUAUCUGGUGGGGAGACAAUGAAGACAAGCCGCAGAUUGUGAACAAACAAGUAAAACAAGCUGCCGACAGGUUUCCCACCUUCAAACGCUUGCUGAAAUGGCUGGCCAGCUUCAAUGAGCUGCGGGAGGCCUUGGCCAGUGUGCCCAGUCUUAUCACACACCCAAAGUCUGAUGCCCUCUCUAAGGGCAUAGAAGAGUACCAGAUUCCACCAACCCUACCCAGUUACCUGGAGGAGUUCUUCAACAAUGACGUGGCGCCUAGCCGCAAGUGUCUCCCAGAUCAUCUGAGUGUCCUGCCAGAUUGGACCGUGCUGCUGUUGAUGAAGGGUAGGCUUUCCUCCUGCAUUGUGAACGUGCUGCUGCAUAAAAGGAUGAUACAUCGUGUCCAAGUGGAAGAUUUCGGCCGUCCCAGUGGGUACACCACCUCUCUGUACAUACGGCAGGUUCUCUACGGGCUGCUGCUGGUUGAGAGGCCGGCAGUGAAGGAGGAUGACAGCAAAGGCCAGAAGAGGGCGGACCCGAGCAGUCAGAGCCCCCCAGAGGUUUACGUGGAGGAGUAUUACCGGAAAGACACACAACUAGUCAAAACCAAGGUUAAAGCCAUCUUGCCCAGUGGUGCACAACAGCUGCAGCUAGCCACACUGGAUCAGGCUCCAGAGUCAGAGCGGCUUGAGGUGUUUUUGGAGACCCUUGGUGUGUCCCAGUCCACUUUGAAUGGUCUCCCACUUCAUCUGAGACUUUGUGUGGCUGUUACCUGCUACUGGCUGAGGCGCGCCCGUCCCCGACCAGACCGUCCUCUCCUGCAGGCCCUGCUACUAGGACUGGUGUAUGGAGAGCUCUGCAGACAGAGGAAGAGCCAGAGAGAUGAGGGACCAGUGUUGGAGAGGCUGGUAGGGCUGAUUCAGAGAGGUGCUAGGGGUCUAGACCUGGGUGUAGCCCACGCCUACAGCCAAUGGCAGUGCUGCAUGAGGGAUGGCCUUAACCUGAACCAACUGCUGUGCUUCCCUCUACCUGAGCCUCAGUGUGCUUGGCUGUACAGGGGCACUCUGGUGCACCAGCUUGUGGCCGAACUGAGACGGGGGGUGAACCCGGAUUCUCUGCUGAUGGAAGACCCUCCCUCUGAGCAGCUUUACAAAUCCAUGAUGGAAAACCUGAAGGAUGAUUGUAAAGAUACUGGAGGAAGCGGGAAGGCCAAUCCAGAGGACGAUCAGGGUUUUAAGGAAGGCAAACGCGGCAAGCACAAGUAG